AUGUUCACAACGCGGCUCUGGUGGAAUACACCACUAUAUGAACACUUGUCUUCAACACAAGGAAGUGCAGAUAGUGGUUUAUCUCAAGGAGUUAUGUCCGACUCUGGAUCAGAAUCGCACGAUGAUCCCAAGAGUGAAGCGCAAGAUUGGCUGCAUGACAGAAAACCGAGACGUUGCAAGCGAGUACUGCACAUAGGUGUCAUGGUUAUCUUUGCCAUACUUGCUUCGUGGGGCGCCAUUGAUAUUUGCCUGCGUGUUUUCCGCCUCGCCUUUCCGCUAAAGAUUCACGAUCGAGAUUACCUCACAAACUAUUGUGUCAGAACAUGCGGUGGAACACAAGCUGAAGCUCUUUCUAGGGGUUGUCUCUAUGAUCAUAUUGAGAAUCGCUUCACUCGCCCAGAUUGUGUAAAUCCACUAUUGAAUGACGAAUUCUCACGUCUCGGGCCCGGGAAUAACGGAUCGUGGAUUUACCAGGUCGAUGUGCAAGGUGAUGGGACUCUUACACCUAUGGAAUCUGCAGAGAUGCUCGAAAGCGUUCGACCAGGGUUAAGAGUGUGGCAAACUGGAAGACAACACACGCUUCACUGCCUCUUUGUAUGGCGACGGAAUGCAUUGAGUCAUUUCGAUGGCACAAUCAUCACAAUGGAUAAAAAGGAACUUUUUGAGCAUGAUGCACAUUGCGCCAGGAUGAUCACGAAUAGGUUGGCUGGGGAUGAUUUAGAACAGUAUGUCACGGUCACAACGUACGGACCUCUCGACCAAGAAGCCAAGGACAGGGCAGAAAAGUUUUUUGCGGAGCAGGCUGAACGUUUACGCACAGGCAAUGGGGUUGUAGCUCCAAUAUUCAAUGGAGAUGUUACUCGUAGAUUGAUAUAG